AUGAGCUUCCUUAACUCCGUACUCUCGUCAAUCGAGACAGGCGACAUUACUUCCACCGCCACUCCUGCAACCCGGAAUCCUGCGCCGCGCUCUACUUCUUCGAUUUCCAAACCCAGUUCCACUCCAUCCUCGAAGGCGCAGGCUGACUCGCGCACUACCCUUGGACAAAAGCGGAGAGCCGAGUACGAUGUUCGCCCGAAGGACCAUCCUUUUAAAGUCUCGAGGUCUUCGUCGCCCCAAAGAUCAACUCCCCGGAAAUCGACUCCAACUCAGUCCUUGGAUACUAAACUUCGCUCUGCCCCAAGGUCAGGUGCCCCAAACAUAACCACAAAGCCGCCAUCCACAAGCACCCAGAAAACUGGGCCGCCAUCUGCCCUUUCCCCAACUAAGCCACCACCUAAGGGAUCUUACGCAGAGAUGAUGCUUCGAGCCAAAGCCCUCCAAGAGAAAGCUCCUAUGCAGCUUGGAAUGAUUAAACACCACUCUAUAGCUAAAGAAAAGCAACUUCAGCAGAAACGAAAGGCAAUGGAAGCGAAGGGAAAAGGCCCUGAGGAGGAAAAGAAUAAAAAGGGCGGAACGACUACACCAACCAAGGCGCCCAAUGCUAAUGGACAGCAGAUAACCAAAUCAAAUGCGGGAAGGGCCGCUUUGUUGAAAAGCCGCGGAGAAUCUGAAUAUAAAGGAACUGCCCGACCGCCUUCUACCCCCUCUGCUUCGACGUACAAAGGCACGGCAGGCCUUCCCAGCCGUCAUGCAUCUAGCCAUGGCAGGAGCAUGAAGAAGAGUUCUCGUGCAGCCGUACGCGAUGAAUACUUGGCUACGGACGAAGAGGAUGAAGGUGACUUUUGCGAUGAUUACGAUGAUGGAGGCUAUUAUUCCGACGAAUCAGCGGACAUGGAAGCUGGCUUGAUGGACGUUGAAGAGGAAGAACAACGUGCCCUCAGAGCAGCCAAACUCGAGGACGAGAAAGAACGGCUGGCUGAAUUGGCGGCCAAGAGAGAGAAAAUGGAACGGAAGAAAAAGCUUGAUGCUCUUUCUAAGAAGUUUCGGCGCUAA